GUUAUCUCAAGAACUGGCCUUGUUUGUUUGUUUAUGGUAUGGCUCAUCACCUUAGCAAUGAUCAGAUCUCAGAAUUCAAGGAAGCUUUCGGCUUCUUCGACAAGGAUGGAGAUGGGAGUAUAACUACAAAGGAGCUGGGAACAGUGAUGAGAUCAUUGGGGAAGAAUCCAACGGAGGCUGAGAUUCAAGAGAUGAUUAACGAAGUAGAUGCCGAUCGAAGCGGAACCAUCAAUUUACCUGAAUUCCUGGAACUGAUGGCGAGAAAGAUGACGGAAGCAGAUUCCGGCGGCGGCGGUGGUGGGGGGGAGGAUCUGAAAGAAGCUUUCAGAGUGUUUGAUAAGGAUCAGAACGACUCCAUCUCUGCUGCCGAGCUCCGUCACGUGAUGUUGAAUCUGGGAGAGAGACUCACCGAUGAAGAAGUCGAUGAGAUGUUCCGGGAAGCUGAUGUUAACGGCGACGGUCAGAUCGAUUAUGAUGAGUUCGUCAAGGUCAUGACUGCCAAGAGGCGACAGAGAAGAAUUGAUGAUUCAAAGAAGCGGCAGCAGAGCAUCAACACCAAGAAUGGCGCCGGCAAGGCCAAACCCCCUCGCAGGGCCCGAGCUCGUGAUUGUUGGAUGCUCUAGUUUUUAUAUAUAUAAUUAUCAAUGCAUUCAUGGAAAUAAAAUUACCUUUUUAACUA